CGCUUCCCUACCGACGGAAGCGAACUCCUGCUUCUCGACGUACUAUUUCAAACCUCUGUAUCACGGGACAUAGCUUAUAAGUCCUAAGCAAGCAAGCAAUACUUUUUGGCUUUCGAGGUAGCAAACAAUGGCUGAUGAUGCCGCAGGAGAUGCUAAUGGCGGAGCUUUACUAAGCGAUCCUGUUGAUGUUAUCAUCGACAAGUUACUGAGCGUUCGUGGUGCUCGGCCUGGAAAGCAAGUAGAUCUUUCCGAAGCAGAGAUCAAGAUGUUGUGCCUCCGGAGCCGCGAUCUUCUCAUCGGACAACCGAUGCUCUUGGAAUUGGAAGCACCGAUCAAGAUUUGUGGUGACGUACACGGGCAGUACUACGAUCUGCUUCGCCUUUUCGAAUACGGUGGGUUCCCCCCAGAGUCCAACUACGUCUUUCUCGGAGAUUAUGUGGAUCGUGGAAAGCAGAGUCUGGAAACGAUCUGCCUGCUGUUGGCAUACAAGAUCAAGUACCCCGAGAAUUUUUUUGUCCUCCGUGGAAACCACGAAUGCGCCUCUAUUAAUCGAAUCUACGGUUUCUAUGAUGAGUGUAAACGACGCUUCGGUAUUAAACUCUGGAAGACUUUUACCGAUUGCUUCAAUUGUCUUCCUUGUGCUGCCGUGAUUGAUGAAAAGAUCUUUUGCAUGCACGGAGGGUUAAGUCCUGAACUCACCAGCUUGGACCAAGUGAAACGCAUUGUUCGACCUACCGAUGUCCCGGAUACCGGUUUGCUCUGCGAUCUUCUUUGGUCGGAUCCGGAUAAGGAAAUCGAUGGAUGGGGCGAGAACGAUCGAGGUGUCUCGUUUACCUUUGGGGAAGAUAUUGUCGCUCAAUUCCUGCACAAGCACGAUUUGGAUUUGAUUUGCCGCGCGCAUCAAGUCGUGGAGGAUGGGUAUGAAUUCUUUGCCCGCCGACAGCUCGUUACAUUAUUUUCGGCGCCCAACUACUGCGGUGAAUUCGAUAACGCCGGUGCCAUGAUGAGUGUUGACGAGACGCUCAUGUGCAGUUUCCAGAUUUUGAAACCGGCUGAAAAGAGGCAGAGGUUCUCCUACCAGGGUGGUACUCAGGGAAGACAAGGAACGCCCCAGGCAGGCAAGUAGGUCCGACAAACAAACGGCAAGAAAGGAUCAUUUAUUAACAGACCGAACGAAUGUGUGUGGAAUAAUCACUUUGUUGUCCGACGUUAACAGAACGCAAACUAACAAUCUUACAUUACUAAGAACUAUAACGAUUUCG